AUGUCAGCCCGGAACAUCGAAAGUACCCAAGCUGGAGCCAAGGUCCUCGCAUGCGAAGAGGCAAUGUGCGAGGACAAAAACAGGACCAUUAGCCCCAAAGUCUCUGCUGAAUGUGUAACUAGGAACCCCACAUGUACCACCAAAUCUCACAAUGAAAUCGAGAUCAUUGAUCUGUAUUUGGUCGGACAUCCACACAUCACAAGAACGCAGUUAGAGAAGGGCGAAGCGAUCCCGUUUAUUCACCAGAUAGAGCUAGAGGGUCCCCAAGGAGAGUUAGUCAGAGUUAGAGUGUUGUUUGACAACGGCGCCAUGGUUAGUGCAAUGUGCACAUCAAUCUUCGAGAAGGUCAAACAUAGACUUCACGAAUGGAGCAGAUCGGACAGGCAACUAAGAAUGGCGAACGGAACUAUCAUCAAAGCAGUCACUAGGUGGACAGGAACAGUCCGAAUCAAGGGCGUUAAAGCACGGAGCACGUUUGAAGUCUUCGACAGCGGGGGAAGCUGGGGCUUCCUAUUUGGAAAGCCAAUGCUUCAAGCAUUCGCAGCAGUCCAUGAAUACACGCCAGACACCAUCACGAUAGCAGACAAAACACAGAUGGCUUUGCUAAGCAACCAAAUAGCGGACCAACGGAUGCUACAAAGAGAAAACAAAGUUAAUCUAACGCUAGAUGAAAAACAACAACGAACAAUAGCCAAACAAAAAAAACGAAUGAGCAUCAGAAAACAACACAAAACCAUCAGAAAUCCCCAUGGGUCAGUGGAGGCCUACGAAGCAAUACGGCAGAUGAGAGGAGACAAUCAGAACACAAGAGAACAAAGUGGGGAACAAACACACAUUGACACAAGUGUUUUGACAGAGCAAGCAACAGAUGUCAAUGUGUUAAUCACACAAGAAGCAUCAGAGAACGAAGAAGAACAACUGCUAGGAGAGAUCCCGGAAUUAGAACCAGCAAUGAAUGACCCAUCGAUAUACACACGUCAGACGGACCCUUUCAACCCAGCGAGAGUCAAAGAAGUUUUACGGCAAAUCAAGUUCGGGGACAAUUUAUCAGUAGAAGAAAGGGAAGAGCUGGAAAGAUUCAUAACGAAGAACGCAGACUGCUUUGCGUUAGCACUGAAGGAGGUAAUUCCAAUCCCGGGGGUGUUACUAAAUUUAAAUGUCCCAGAGAACGCAAUAUUCAACUUACGGAUGCACCAAUGCCCAUUAACGCCAGAACAAUCGAAGUUCUACAACGAGCGAGCAAACGACAUGUUAGCAGCAGGAAUCAUCGAACAAGCACCACCGGAGUUGAUUUGA